AUGGCUCCCCGGAAUCGCCCAAAGCCGCGAAUAACCUGGUGGAUGCGCGUCCGCCGGUUCAUUUACACAUUCGAAUCACCACUCCGGCUCCGGGCCAGCCUCACCCGCCUUAGCCAUCGACAUAAGCACCCCUUUCUUGCUCUGCUCGGUCUCUUUCUGCCACUACCGGCAUGGCAUUUUCGUGUUCCAGACCAAGUGCCAUUCAAAUUGCUGCUGAAUAAUAUCCCGCUUCUGCAAUCACGAAUGACGUCUGCAGACCUAACAAACAUGCGAUCCGUCCCUGUAUGGCGCGCGAGAGACACGCCUAUCAGAUCACUGUAUCGGAUCUACGAGGCUAUGACUGCGCGAGAGUACUAUGCUAUAGGACCGGAGGUAGAGUACUUUUGGUACCAAGCGCGCCGCUCAUGGGCAGUUCACCGCAUCCCCGACCCGCGCGAUCCCGACCCUGUUCGGUAUGCCAUUCUUGCAUGUAUCGCCGAGGAGCUUGCCAAGGCUUUUAAUUGGCGGUUGAGUCUGGGGAUGAGACGCGACAGAAGCAAGCAUAUUUACCGUAAGACGUUGGAGGAUGCACUUCCACCGUUCGCCCCUGAGACUGCACCUGUCUGGACUAAGGCCGUGUCUGCAAUUGAUACCGAGUUGAUUGCAGAUUUACCAAAUGAUGUCUUAGAUCAAUCUGGUAAACUACUUCUUGAAGAAGAUGGAAACAGCCCUGUAUUUGCAGAAAGGAACGUCAUAACUGAUACCCGGCAUUUUUAUACGAUUUAG